ACUAUGUAUCUCUGUUGGACUGUGUGUGGAACAUGAAUAUGAUGGUCUUAAGUGGUUUAAUGUUGAUAAGAUUCCUUUUUCAAAAGUUAUAUUUAAUCUUGAUAUAGGGGAGCGCACAUGAUUCAGUCAUUUGUACCUAUCUAGAAAAGGGGUUUGAGUUGUUAGUGAGUUGUGAUGUAACAUAUUGGCCAGAGAAUUUCAGAACUGCAAAGUUACUUCUAUAGAACUAGCAGGUCAUAGAUUUUGUUUUCUGUAUCUGAAAUGUUUGGGCAGCUCCUAGGGUUGCAGUUGUUCGGAAGGUUUCUUUGCAGUAUUGAAGCAUUCAAUCAAAAUUAUGUUUGUACUCUGUGCUCCAUUUACCGAGGUGUUUUUUCAUCAUAAGAAUAAGCUGAAUGAAUUAGCAUUGGUUAAGUUGAAUUAGUGUUUAGUACCAGUAUAUAACUAACUUUUAAACAAAAGACAAAAUACUGCAGAUGCUGGAAAUCUGAAAUAAAAACAGAAAUUGCUGGGAACAGGCAGCAUCAAUGCAGAGAGGAAAAAGUGUUUUCAGUGGAGAGAGGAAAAUGAGUUAAGGCUUCAGGUCGAUAACCUUUCAUCAGAACUGGGGGAUGUUGGAAGGGAGCAAAUUAUAAGGACACAAGCAGAGAAAGGGGUGGGGAAAGAAAGACGAAGGAAAAAUUUAGGUGGAGGGCAGAAGAUAACGAGAUCAGAAGUGUUGAUGGUGCAAGACAAAAGAAGCUGUAAUUAGAAAUGGCUACUGAGGUCAAUGGAAAUGCAGCACAGGUGAAGGAGGAGGAAGAACCCAUGGAUACCUCAUCUGCUGUCUCCCAUUCAGAACACUACCAGGUGCUAUUAGAUGCUGGCUUGCCACAGAAAGUAGCAGAAAGGCUAGAUCAAAUCUUUCAAACAGGGUUAGUGGCUUAUGCUGAUCUUGACGAAAGAGCCAUUGACGCCCUUAGAGAGUUCAAUGAGGACGGAGCACUGUCCGUAUUGCAACAGUUUAAGGAAAGUGACCUAUCGCACGUGCAGAAUAAAAGUGCCUUUCUGUGUGGAGUAAUGAAGACCUACAGGCAACGGGAGAAGCAAGGUAGCAAAGUGCAGGAUGCUACAAAGGGACCAGAUGAGGCAAAAAUUAAGGCACUGCUGGAGCGAACUGGCUACACUCUGGAUGUAACUACAGGUCAAAGGAAAUAUGGGGGCCCUCCUCCAGAAAGUGUGCAUUCAGGUCCACAACCUGGAAUUGGAACGGAGGUAUUUGUUGGGAAAAUACCAAGGGACUUGUACGAGGAUGAGCUUGUUCCAUUGUUUGAAAAGGCUGGUUAUAUCUGGGACCUGCGACUGAUGAUGGACCCACUGUCUGGUCAGAAUCGUGGCUAUGCUUUUGUGACUUUCUGCACCAAGGAGGCAGCACAGGAAGCUGUCAAACUGUGCGAUAACUUUGAAAUCCGGCCUGGUAAACACAUUGGAGUUUGCAUUUCUGUGGCCAACAACAGGCUGUUUGUUGGUUCUAUUCCAAAGAACAAGACCAAGGAAAACAUCAUGGAAGAAUUUGGCAAAGUCACAGAGGGUCUCACUGAUGUUAUACUUUAUCAUCAGCCUGAUGAUAAGAAGAAAAACAGGGGCUUCUGUUUCCUCGAAUUUGAGGAUCAUAAAUCUGCUGCACAGGCCAGGCGAAGGUUAAUGAGUGGCAAAGUUAAAGUGUGGGGAAACGUAGUCACUGUUGAAUGGGCAGACCCUGUUGAGGAACCAGAUCCAGAAGUGAUGGCAAAGGUCAAAGUGCUGUUUGUGAGAAACCUGGCCAGCUCUGUCACUGAAGAAAUCCUUGAGAAAACAUUUAGUCAGUUUGGAAAGCUGGAACGAGUGAAAAAGUUGAAGGAUUAUGCUUUUGUUCAUUUUGAAGAUCGAGAUGCAGCAGUAAAGGCAAUGGAUGAAAUGAAUGGAAAACCAGUGGAAGGAGAGGCGAUCGAAAUAGUUCUUGCGAAACCACCAGACAAGAAAAAGAAAGAGCGUCAGGCUCAAAGGCAGGCCUCAAGAACCCAGGUGUAUGAAGAUUAUUAUUACUACCCUCCGCCCCGUAUGCCACCUCCAAUAAGAGGUAGAGUCCGUGGAGGUAGAGGUAGUUAUGGCUAUCCCCCAGAUUAUUAUGGCUAUGAAGAUUACUAUGAUGAUUACUAUGGUUACGAUUAUCAUGAUUAUCGCGGGGGUUACGAAGAUCCAUACUACGGUUAUGAUGAUGGCUACCCAGUCCAGCGAGGAAGAGGUGGACGGGGUGGUAGAAGUGCACUCCCCCCUCCGAGAGGCCGUGGUGUGCCCCCACCCCGAGGAAGGGCAGGAUAUCCUCAACGUGGAACACCAGUAGGACCUCCGAGAGGUACUAGGGGUAGCAGAGGAGGAGGAGGCCCACAGCCACCGCAGAGAGGACGUGGGGCCCGCGGCGGGAGGGGCAACCGUGGUGGCAACGUAGGAGGAAAGAGAAAAGCAGACGGAUACAACCAGCCAGAUUCCAAGAGGCGUCAGACCAACAACCAACAGAAUUGGGGCUCCCAACCCAUCGCCCAACAGCCUCUCCAGCAAGGUGGUGAUUAUUCUGGUAACUAUGGUUACAAUAAUGACAACCAGGAGUUUUAUCAGGAUACUUAUGGGCAGCAAUGGAAGUAAGCAAAUGGGGGUUUCAGUGAGUUUGUUGAGACCCGCUGGGCUAAACUCUGCAUCCUUCAAAUCUUGAUUGGCUUAACUCUACAUCCUUCAGUACAGAUUGGCUGCCACAUGCAUUUUGCUGAUAUCAAGAAUCACUAUUGUAUAUACCAGAUUUUUUUCAUAAUUGCACUUGGACAUUUCUGGCUUACAUUUUCCCUUAAUAAUUCUUUGGGGGAAAAGGUGCUUUUAUUUGUUUUAAGCGACUUUUUAGCAGUUUGAAAGGAAACUUUGGACUUUGCUUUCAGAUGUUGGGCACAAUUUCAAUCAUGGUUUUGCAGAAUUGACUGGUAUUUGGACAGUUUCACUGGUUUGUGGCUUUGGGAUUAGACUGCCAUUGGAGUAUGCUGUAUAUACAGUAAACGCUAGUGUUUUUGUCUUAGUAUUUUUAAGAUAAGCUUGUAGUUUAAAACAUUUUUUAAGUUUUCUUGUAUUGAAAGUAACAUUUAACUGUGUGUUUUGCAUUUGUAGAGUAGGUAAAUUGUGUUUUUAAGAAAAAAUGUUAGUAGCUUCACACCUUAAGAAUCUGCCCUACAAAAAUUUGGUUUGGCUUAAUCGUACAAUCCGUGGCGUUUUGUUCAUUGAUGUGAUUGUAUUUACAAUUUAUUGUUCAUGUCAAAUUUCAAUAAAACUUAAAACUAUAUUAUCCAAAAA